GUGGCGGAUGAUCCUCCAGUGGGCUACACCAUCCACCCCAUCCCUGUCUGCUGGGUUCGCCAUAAGGCGGAGCUGCUGGGGAUAAACAUAACGCACCACUCGGGCGAGGCGGGGUUUGCAAAGCUGUUUCUGCCGGAGAUCCUGUGGAACGUGCGGCGCGCCAUCUACCUGGACGUGGACAUGGUGGCGGCGGAGGACCUGGGCGCGCUGUGGGGGUACUUCCGCGAGAUGGACGCGGACCCCGACCUGCUGCUCUUCAUGGGCGACAACCACCCCACCGCCUACGGCCCGCGCUCGCGCUACCCCUUCUGCUCCUGCCAGCUCAUCAUGGACCUCGACCGCCUCCGCCGCCACAACCUCACCCGCCUGGUGAUGGAGGCGUUUGGCGAGCAGAAGGCGAUGGAGGUGUGGGGGUUCAGGCCGGGCGACCAGUGGGUGUUCACCAUGAUGUGCAUGAACAACCCCGACAAGUGCCGCACCCUGCCCAAGAUCUGGAACGUCUCCGGCUGCUCCAAGCCCCGCUUCCUCGGCCUCAACGCCCGCGACAAGGACCAGGUGCGCUGUGUGCAUGCGCCAAGGACCAGGCAGAACGGGACGUGUUGGCGAAUGGCGCAUUUCAACUGCAUAGGAGUGAGGGACAACCGCUACUACGCGCUGGCCAACACCGACUGGGAGGACAUGCGCCAGGUUGCACCCUACAGCGACGCCAGGCAUGGCAGCUGUGCCCGCCUCGGCGCCUGUACUCACCGGCCGUCGCGCUGCUGGCUCAGCGCCGUCCGCGCUCGGCGCUCUCAGCAGCAACGCGACAUGGCGGAAUGGAGGCGGGCGCCUUUCCAGGUGGAUGCCAGAGGUGCCGCCGAUGCGGCGCAGGGGCAGAAAGGGUGCGUGCACGCUGCCUCACUAAGAGCCGCCGCAACUGGCCCCCCUCCCCGUCCGCCCUCCGACCAGCAGAUCGCUGCGCACUGGCCCGCUGUCCAACGACCCUCUCUCGCCGCUCCCCGUGUGAGCGCGCGCGCGUCCACCCGCCACCUGCCGCCCAUCCCCACGGCCUUCCCGCCCCUGCCUGACCCCGCCCUGCCGCCCUACGAACAGUUCGUGCUGCCCAACGGCCUGCGCGUCUUUCUGCUCGAAGACCACGAGCUGGGGCUGGUGGGUGGGCAGCUGCUCGUGAAGGGCGGGGCGCAGUAUGAAGCGCCCGACAAGGUGGGAGUGGCGGGCAUGAUGGCGGCGGUGCAGCGCAGUGGGGGCACGCAGCAGUACCCCGAGGAGCACCUCGAUGACACGCUUGAGGCAAUGGCGGCGUCAAUAGAGACAUCAGCGGGCACGUCAUCGCUCUCAGCGUCCUUGCGCUGCCUGCAAGAGGACGCCCCCACCCUGCUCCCACUGCUCCGCGAUGUGGUGCUGGCACCGCUGCUACCAGCAUCCAAGCUGGCCUUCUCGCGCACGCAGCUGCUCGGCUCCAUCGCCCGCCGCAACGACGAUCCAGGGCGGGUGGCAUCAAGGGAGCUGCAGCGCCUGCUCUACAGCCCCGCCUCCCCACGCGGCCGCUACCCCCUCGCUGCUGACGUCACCCGCAUCUCCCUCGCCGACCUGCGCGCCUUCCACGCAGCUUCCUACAGCGACCCAUCGCAGGCAGUGCUGGGAGUGUGGGGCGACUUUGACGCGCGGAGCAUGCGCGCGCUGCUGGAAGACACCUUCCUCGCCUGGCCCGCUGCCCCCGCCACCCCUGCGCGGCGCGCUGCCAAGGGGCGGGCGAUGCCGUACUGGGGCCCGGAGGAGGGCGUGGCGGCCAGCGCAGCGGGCGUGUAUGUGGUGGACCGCCCCGGGCUCACCCAGAGCAUAGUGCGCGUGGGAGAGCUGGGCAUCACGAUCAGCGACGAGGACGUGUUUGCACUGGACGUGCUCAACGCCAUCCUCAAUGGCUUCGGUGGCCGCCUCUUCGACCAGGUGCGGUCGAGGGAGGGUCUGGCAUACUCGGUGUCGGGUUCGUGGUCGCCAGGCGUUGACCACCGGGGGGCGUUUGUGGGGGGUGGGGAGACGAGGGCGGAGGCAGUGGGGCAGUUCGUCACAGCAGUGCAGCGCGUGCUGGGCGAGGCCACGCUGUUACCACCUUCACCGGGCGAGCUACAGGAGGCCAAGGACCGGGUGCUCAACUCCUUCGUCUUCAACUUCGCUGACAGUGGAGCGCAGCUGAGUCGCAUAAUGACGUACGAGCUGUUUGGCAUCGAUCAGGACUUCAUCUUUGAGUUCAAGCGCCGCGUGGAAGCACUCUCCCCCGAGGCCGUGCUGGCAGCGGCGCAGCGCCGCCUGCACCCGGGGGAGCAGCCCAUCGUGGUGGUGGCGGACGCUGCUGCCGUCAUGCCGCAGCUCUCCUCCCUCGGCCUGCCCGUCACCCUCAUUGACCCCGUCUAG